AUGGUUCAAGUCAGUUCAGAAUAUAUCUCUAUUGGCUGCAACAGAACAGCCCACGCAGCAUGUUGGGGCAACAGUGGAUUAGUUGCUUUUGGUGCUGACACUUUGGUCGCAUUGUAUUUGCCUUUGGAUCAAAAGAGCAAAGGCAUUCAAGAAACACUACCUGGACAUAAAGGCCGUGUUAUUUGCUUAGAGUUUAUUGAAAGAGGUCAUGAAGCAGAGAUCAGAGAUGUUGCAUUGAUCUCUGGUUCCGCAGAUUAUACAGCCAAGAUUUGGAAAGUCAAUGCUGAAGGCAAGUGGAUCAAUUCUGCUACACUGGAGGGUCACACAGGAGCUGUCGAAACCAUUGCUUGUAUGCGUGCACAUUCGAUUGAAGGAGAGACAGAUACCAUCAUUACAGGCUCGUCCGAUGGCACUAUCCGUGUCUGGGAGCGUCGUGUAGUCGAUGAUAAUACAGAUGAGGUGACAUGUCAACAAGUCAUCAGCAAUGGCAACAAGUAUCCCAUGUCACUGGCCUUAUCUUACCUUCCUGAUAGCAAAACGCCUGUCUUUGCUAGUGGACACACCGACAAACUGAUCUCCAUCUACAUUUAUCAGACCGAGAGCAGCCAAUUCGAAAAGAUGCAUACACUUACAGGCCACGACAAUUGGGUCCGAGAUCUUUCAUUUGCUACUUAUACCGCUUCUGAAGAAAACACACACGCCAACAACAUCUUUGAACAAGGUGAUUUGAUCUUGGCCAGUGGCAGCCAAGACAAAUACAUUCGCUUAUGGAAGAUCUCGGCACAUGUGCCCUCUGUGGUCGAGUCAGUGGCAUCUGACAGCAACAACAACGAAAUUAGUGAGCUCUCAGAGGCUCUCAAGGAAAGUGAACUAGAAGGAGAGCAAUUGAGCACCAAAGCACAUUUGGUCACUGUCAACAACAAGCAGUAUUCUCUAAUGUUUGAAGCUUUGCUUAUGGGUCAUGAUGAUUGGGUGUUUAGUGUCGAAUGGCAAAAACCGCACAUGCAAACCAUCCAUGGCGAGCAACGUUUUAUCCAGCCCAUGCGUCUGAUUUCAGCCUCCAGCGACAAAUCCAUGAUGAUCUGGAGCCCUGAUAACGAAACUGGUGUGUGGGUAAAUGAGGUGCGUAUGGGUGAUAUUGGUGGCAGCACGUAUUUAGGCUUCUGUGGUGCCUUGUUCAGUCCUGAUGGUAAAAGCAUUGUGUCUCAUGGCGCUAAUGGUUCCUUCCAUCUGUGGAGAACAAGUGGCGAUAAUCAUUGGACACCCCAUGUGGCUAUCAGUGGUCAUUUCAAGUCGGUGGAAAGUAUUGCAUGGGAUCCCAAGUCAAGAUUCUUGCUGUCUGCUAGUUUGGAUCAAACUACCCGACUCUUUGCCCCUUGGAACAGACAAGCCCAUGGCCAAGAAGUCAUCACAUGGCAUGAAAUGGGUCGUCCUCAAGUGCAUGGCUACGAUAUCAAAUGCAUUGCCUUUGUGCGUGAUUGGCAGUUUGUCAGUGGUGCUGAUGAAAAGGUGCUUCGUGUGUUUGAUGCACCCAAAUCUUGUGUCGAAAGCUUAGCUGGUCUCACAGGCGACAAGAGCAUGUUGGAGAACACAGAGCGUUUGCCCGUAGGUGCCAAUUUGCCUGCUCUUGGUCUUUCCAACAAGGCCGUUUUCGAAAACGAUACACUGCCUGAUGAUCACAUUGAAACCAACAUUGGCUCUCAUACUGUCACAUCAGCUACUGCCGAACAACUGGCGCAAGUAUUGCAACAUCCACCUUAUGAAGAAACCUUGAUCCAACACACACUGUGGCCCGAAGUAGAAAAGCUGUACGGCCAUGGCUAUGAACUCAUCAGUGUCGAGACAUCGCAUGAUGGACAAUAUGUCGCUUCCAGUUGUAAAGCAGCUACCGCCGAACAUGCCGUGGUCCGUCUUUUUAGCACUGAGAACUGGAAGGAGGUCAAGACCAAGAUUGAUGCUCAUGCAUUGACAGUGACACGCGUCAGAUACUCUCAUGAUGAUCGCUGGUUGCUUACUGUUUCUAGGGAUCGUCUAUGGUCAUUGUCAGAACGUCAAACAGGUAAUGUAGACACUCCCUAUAAAUUGGUGGCCAAGACCAAGGCACAUGCUCGUAUUAUUUGGGAUUGUUCCUGGAGUCAUGAUGAUAAGUUGUUUGUCACUGGUUCUCGCGAUAAAACCAUCAAGGUGUGGGCACAAAGCAACGCUGAUGAAGAGGCUGCUAAAUGGGAUUGUGUGGCUACUAUCAAGUGUGCUGAGGCAGUUACUGCUAUUGAUUUUGCGCCUGCAGCUGUCAACAACAAAUAUAUCAUUGCUGUUGGUUUAGAGAAUGGUCGCAUCCAGCUGUUAUCUAGUGUAGAUUUGCAGCAAAUCAAUCAGUGGGAAAUGUGGCAUCAGUUUGAUCAAAGACUCUGCCAUCAUGGUGUUGUUCGAUCUCUUUCUUGGCGUCAUCCUUCCUCUGCUACUGAGGAAACAAAUCUAUUGCAAUUGGCUUCUGGUGGUGAAGAUCAUUCUGUACGAAUUUUCAAUGUAGAAUAUUAG